AUGGGGACUGGACUGGCCAAGGGACUGGCCAAGGGACUGGCCAAGGGACUGGCCAAGGGACUGGCCAAGGGACUGGCCAAGGGACUGGCCAAGGGACUGGCCAAGGGACUGGCCAAGGCUGGCGACUGGCCAAGGGACUGGCCAAGGGACUGGCCAAGGGACUGGCCAAGGGACUGGCCAAGGGACUGGCCAAGGGACUGGCCAAGGGACUGGCCAAGGGGCACACUGGCCAAGGGACUGGCCAAGGGACUGGCCAAGGGACUGGCCAAGGGACUGGCCAAGGGACUGGCCAAGGGACUGGCCAAGGGACUGGCCAAGGGACUGGCCAAGGGACUGGCCAAGGGACUGGCCAAGGGACUGGCCAAGGGACUGGCCAAGGGACUGGCCAAGGGACUGGCCAAGGGACUGGCCAAGGGACUGGCCAAGGGACUGGCCAAGGGACUGGCCAAGGGACUGGCCAAGGGACUGGCCAAGGUACAGGCCAAGUGUACAGCCAUGUUGAGCAAAACUUUAGCUAUCAGGAAUUGGCAAAGAAAUUGA